GGGCCAAGGCCAUAGCCGAAGCCGGAGCCGGAGGCGACGUGAGCUGAGCCGGGAGCCACCGAGGCCGCUGCCUGCUCUCCCGCCCGCGCCUCCGCCGCGUCCGCGCUCCAGCCUGCGGGUGGUGUGAGCCGUGGCCAGUCAAGGCCAGCCAGGGGGCAGCGGGUGCCAUGGCCGCGCCGGAGUCGCUGCGGCCCCGCCUGUGUCGCCUGGUGCGUGGCGAGCAAGGCUACGGCUUCCACCUGCAUGGCGAGAAGGGCCGCCGUGGCCAGUUUAUCAGGCGCGUGGAGCCGGGCUCCCCAGCCGAGGCGGCCGCGCUGCGCGCCGGGGACCGCCUGGUUGAGGUCAACGGCGUCAACGUAGAGGGCGAGACGCAUCACCAGGUGGUACAGAGGAUCAAGGCUGUGGAGGGGCAGACUCAGCUGCUUGUGGUGGACAAGGAGACGGAUGAGGAGCUCUGCCGGCGGCAACUGACCUGCACUGAGGAGAUGGCCCAUCGAGGGCUUCCACCAGCCCACAACCCCUGGGAGCCAAAGCCUGACUGGGCAUGCUCAGGCAGCCUUGGCUCGGACACUGGCCAGAAGGAUAUCAACGGGCCUCCAAGAGAGCUGCGUCCCCGGCUCUGCCACUUGCGAAGGGGACCCCAGGGCUACGGGUUCAACCUGCAUAGUGACAAGUCUCGGCCUGGCCAAUACAUCCGCUCUGUGGACCCAGGCUCCCCUGCUUCCCACUCAGGCCUCCGUGCCCAGGACCGGCUCAUUGAGGUCAAUGGGCAGAAUGUGGAAGGGCUGCGCCAUGCUGAAGUUGUUGCCAGAAUCAAGGCACGGGAGGAUGAGGCCCGGUUGCUGGUGGUAGACCCUGAGACUGAUGAACACUUCAAGAGGUUGCGGGUCACACCCGCCGAGGAACACGUAGAAGGUCCGCUGCCAUCACCAGUCACAAACGGGACCAGCCACGCCCAGCUCAAUGGUGGCUCCGUGUGCUCAUCCCGAAGCGACCUGCCAGGCUCAGAGAAGGACAAUGAGGAUGGGAGUGCCUGGAAGCGAGACCCCUUCCAGGAGAGUGGCCUCCACCUGAGUCCCACAGCAGCUGAAGCCAAGGAGAAGGCGCGAGCGACUCGGGUCAACAAGCGGGCACCACAGAUGGACUGGAACCGGAAACGAGAGAUCUUCAGCAACUUCUGAGCCCCUCCUCUGUCUCUCCAGGGGCCCCGGGGUCUCUUCCUGCACGGACCUUGGGCCUUUCCAGAGCUCCGGAAGCCUGAGCAGACUGGAGGGUGGUGGUAUCACACUGCCCAGAAACCAACCCAUGACCCCAUGACCCCUUGUCUUGUCCAUUGGGUGCUGCGGCUGUCAUAGCAAGAUGA